GUCCUCCCCGUCCUUCGGUCCCCCCUGCCCCGGAUUCGUCCCGUUCCCUUCGCCGCUGCUCUCUGCGGGGCUGCUUGUUCUUCUUCCCCCCUCGCUCUCUUCGGGCCUCCUCGGCUCCACAGCAGCAGCUUCGAACGCAGGCAGGCAGGCGAGAAAGGAUUUGUCAGCGCAGGGGAUCGGGCGCGCGCCACGGGCAGUGUCAGCAGCAGAGGAAUUCGUUGCGGUUGCGAUCCAAUAAGAACAGGUGGUGCAUCGGUAGGAGCAAGGCAGUGGCGAUUGAUUGACUAACUCACGAGGAAGAGAAGCAAAGGAAGCGAGACGAGAGCGCGAGAGCCGAAGAGGAAGAGGAAGAAACAGAAGAGCGGGGAGCGAAGAUGGUGAGGAUGAUGAGAAUGCUCGUGGAUCAGGGACGCAGGACGUCGCAGAACCUGCAAUGGGUGCGGCAUUUGACGAACAACACGGAUCUCAAGUCGCGAUUGGAGCAGUUGAUCCCGGAAGAGCAAGCGCGCUUGAAGGAUUUGAAGACCAAGUACGGGAAGAACUCGCUGGGCGAGACAACCGUCGACAUGGCGAUCGGGGGCAUGCGCGGGAUCAAGGGCAUGCUGUGGGAGACGUCUCUGUUGGACGCCGAUGAGGGUAUCCGGUUCAGGAACAUGACCAUCCCCGAGUGCCAGGCCAAGCUUCCGGCGGCGAUGCCCAAAGGCGAGCCUUUGCCCGAAGGUCUGUUCUGGUUGUUGGUUACGGGCGAGGUGCCCACCAAAGAGCAAGUGAGUGCAUUGACGCAGGAGUUCAAGGACCGAUCGCAAAUUCCGCGCCACGUCUUCGAUGUGCUCAACGCGUUGCCCAAGAGCGCCCACCCGAUGACGCAACUCACCGCCGGGAUCAUGGCUCUGCAGACCGAGAGCGAGUUCGCCCGCGCGUACGAGAAGGGUAUCGACAAGCGCAAGUACUGGGAGCCCACUUACGAGGAUUCCAUGAACCUGAUCGCCAGGUUGCCAGAAAUCGCCGCGUAUAUCUACCGGAGGACCUACAAGGGUGGCAAGACGAUUGGGGCCAACCCGACUUUGGACUAUGCUGCCAAUUUCGCGCACAUGUUGGGGUACGAGGACCCCAAAUUCCACGAGCUGAUGCGUCUGUACCUGACCAUUCACACCGACCAUGAAGGCGGGAAUGUGAGUGCGCACACUGUCCAUUUGGUGGGCAGCGCCCUCUCCGACCCUUAUCUUUCUGUUGCCGCCGGUAUGAACGGAUUGGCCGGGCCCCUGCACGGUUUGGCUAACCAGGAGGUUUUGCGCUGGAUUGAGGAUAUCGUGCGAGAAAUCGGAACGGACGUCACCACGGAGCAACUCAAAGAGUUCAUCUGGAAGACUUUGAAGAGUGGCAAGGUCGUUCCUGGUUACGGACAUGCGGUUCUGAGGAAAACUGAUCCCCGGUACACUUGCCAGCGUGAAUUUGCUUUGAAGCAUCUUCCGAAUGAUCCCAUGUUUCAGAUGGUGUCGAAACUGUACGAGGUCGUUCCUCCGAUUCUUCUGGAGCUGGGCAAGGUCAAGAACCCGUGGCCCAAUGUUGAUGCCCACAGCGGAGUUUUGCUACAAUACUACGGACUCAAGGAAGCGAACUAUUACACAGUUUUGUUUGGUGUGUCCCGGACGAUGGGUGUUCUGUCUCAGCUCAUAUGGGACCGCGCAUUUGGACUUCCCAUCGAAAGGCCCAAGAGUAUGACCAUUGAAUGGAUUGAAAACUUUUGCAAAAAGCAGGCUGCCAAGGGCAAGAAGAAAUAGCACAGCAAACACCAAGUGAUCUAUGACAAUUACGCGCAUGCGUGAGACAGAUGCUCCACGAUACGGAUUGAUGAGAUUAGGAAAGCUGCCUCUGGAUCGAGGGUCAGUGUCACAAACCUUUCUAAAACAGUGACCCUUCAGUCUUCGUGAGGAAGCCAGAAUAUGGGCACUUUCUCGAGAACCACUAUGCUGAAAUGAACAUGAAUUGGAGAGUUGGACUCGGAGAUGGAGAUUUGUGAAAGCGGGAGCUGUCGAUAAAUCCAGCACUGAAGAAGUCAUGGUUAUCUGCUACCAAUCUCCCUUCGCAACUUGAUCAUUUUGAUACGUCCACAGCUGGACAGCCAUGGUAUGCGAAAGAAGCUCAGGAUUAAUUUUUCAUCACCCCAUCUCGAGGCAAGGACAGUCCUGCGACGUAGGCAUCAUUCUCAAGACAUGCUGUGUUCUGCCAACAGUUAGCAUCUUGCUGAGUAGGUUGGAUGGCCUUGUACCACAAAGGAGUGAUGGGAGUAUCCAAUCUCCAAGUUUUUGAGUACUUUAUUUUUCAGGCUGACCUCCUUGCUCAAACCUGAUAUCCGGACUGUAUUGGGGUAAGAACCUCAAGAACAGGUUGUAGCUCGGCAGGACAUCCAGAAGGGGCACUCAAAAUAGAUGGGGAAUGAAUAGAAGAAAUGAAUUUAUUCGAAUCUCGUAAUAUUUUCAGCACCUUGAACUGAUCUCGCAUGCAGGAGUAUCUUUUGCAGAUUCUCCUCUCAAAUGGUGUUUAAAUAUGCUCUCAAAAGUAAACACGCCAG